UCUAUUAACUUAUAAUGGCAUUACUUGGUAUGCAAUUUUUAACAACUUUGAUCAUUUCACUAUUCAUGGUUAAACUUUCAUCAUUUUACUCAAUUGCUAGAUGGAUUAUUUGUGGGAGACUUUAUCGCUACUUACAUCCAACGAAUGAACAUUUAAGAUCAUUGGUAGGAAAGUUACCUCUCCAUUCUAAAGGUAAAAAAAGAAAAUCUAAUGAAAAAUACAACACCGAGACUUUAGACAUGUUUACUAUACCAUGCAGCCUUGAAUUUCAAUUAGAACGUGUUAGCAUUGAAGAAAUUGACUUAUACCCUCAAUAUAAAUACCAUGACUUUAAAUGGUUGGUUGAUUUCUCAGUAUGUGCUGCACUGAUAUAUAUUAUUAUUGAAUUGAUUGGUAUUUAUCGUCCAGAUAUUUACAUAGAAGAAUUUAAUUUAGGUGUGGUUUGGUGCGGCAUGGUUGUUUAUUUUUGUUUAAAAGAACUUUUCUCCCUUACUUCGGCAUACUGGAAAACAGAAGAUGAUGGGGAGCGAUCAAUGACGCUUUCAUUUGGAUUAUUUUUUUUCAUUGUUGCAAUGGGUGUACUUAUCAUAGACGAAAGUGUAAUGGAUUUUGGACUAGAAAAAGGAUUCUAUCAUUUUGUCGGAAAUUUGGAAAUAGUAUGCAAACGUCUAAACUUUAGCGUCAAACAAGUGCCAUCAAUAUGGGUUUUUAAGAUAUCUUUAGCCAUUUUGUCUUCAUUGGUCGGAGCUGUUUUGUGCUUUCCCGGUAUUCGAUAUGCCAACAUGCACAUAGAAUCUUUAAACUAUUCCAAGAAUAGUUGGAAUUAUGGCUUAAUAAACCUAGUAUUCUUUAGUCCUCUAUUUUUAUCAUUACUUUGGAUUCUUCCGUUAUCUAAGUCUUUAAUUGUAACAAAAAAUUCGAGCAGCCAACAACAGCAUAUAUCUGAUGAAACAUUUUUGUAUUUAAGAAUUCACUUAACAAUUUUGAUAUGCUUUCUUCGUUUAUUAGUUACGCGUCAGUUUCUUCAAUCGUAUUUAAAUCUAGCUUGCAAGAAAGUAGAAAAGCUAAAAAAAGAAACGGGGAGAAUAACAAAUAUUGAAUUACAGCGUACUAUAGCUAGGGUAUUUUAUUACUUAUCUGCAGCUGCACUGCAAUAUAUCACGCCUCUUAUUCUUGUCUUAUUUUUGUCGCUUAUGGUACGGACCCUCACGUACCAUGUAAACGACUCAACAGAUCUCAGCGGUUUCCAAACAAACAAUACUUUACCCGUAAGUAAAGAAGAAUAUGUUAAGAUGAUGCGUGGAUUAUUUUCAGUGAAACUUAUAAAUGCAAUUUGUUCUUAUUUUUCUUGGUGGAUCCUUAAUGUUUUUUUUAUAACAUCAGCAUUUGGUUCUGUAUAUUUAAAACUAAAAGUUUAGUAUGUAUAUCUUUAAGUUUUUCAAGUUUUAUAUCUUUGAA